AAAGGCUUAUAUUUGGGGCAGCAGAGAAGUAAAAUCAUCAUAGCUUCCACCGUCCCUCAAGGUAGCAGUUGUUCCAGAACUGCCGGGGAGACCUUCUCCACAAGCUUUUAAGACUCUGCCCUUAUAAUGGCCUUGGUGCAUCGACCAAUGAUGCAAUUAAGUGGCAUGCUCUUCUCUCUGGUGGGAUGGGUCCUGUCCUGUCUCACCACCUAUUUACCCCAGUGGAAAAAUCUUAACUUGGAACUGAAUGAACUGGAGAUCUGGACCAUGGGACUCUGGCAAGCUUGUGUUGUCCAGGAAGAAGGGGGGAUGCAGUGCAAGGACUUUGAUUCUUUCCUAGCUUUGCCUCCAGAGCUCAGGAUUUCUAGGAUUUUGAUGUUUUUUUCCAAUGGAUCAGGGCUUUUGGGCCUCUUGGUCUCAGGAUUUGGGUUGGACUGUUUGAAAAUUGGUGAAAGACAACAGGAACAAAAGAAGCGGCUGUUGCUGUUUGGAGGAAUGCUCUUCUGGAUAUCGGGGAUUACAGCUAUUGUCCCAGUUUCUUGGGUUGCCCACUCCACAGUCCAGGAAUUUUGGGAUGAGAAUAUACCAGAUAUUGUUCCCAGGUGGGAUUUUGGGGAAGCGUUAUUUGUUGGCUGGCUUGCUGGAUUUUGUCUCAUAUUAGGAGGAUCCCUACUUAAUUGCACAAUCUGUUCGACUGAAGUCCAUCGAUCUUCGGUCCGUUACACAGUAGCAGAACAGCAAGACCAGUGUCAACACUUGGAAACUGAAACUAGGCCUUAAAAUGGAAAGUUUUAAGCAGUACGGAAAGACUGCCCUAUCUUUUUCAAACCCUCAUGCAAGCCAGAAGCUUGUUCCAGUGGUGAUUCAAAGGACUCUUUGUUAUCUAGCUGAUUUCCUAAACUUAGGUGUUUUCUCCAUAACUGGUCCUGGAAGGUGGUGUGUUUUCUCACCUGUUUAAAACUGUGUUUCACAGCAGAAUGCUGAAGUUUUCAUAGACUGCACAGAAAAGUUGCUUUUGCUUUCUCGACUGCACUGUAAAAUCCUGAAAAUGAGUAUGCAUGUUCCUUUACAGCUUGGCUUUUAACCCGAAUAUGCUUCGUUUUUAUAUCCACCCAUUAAAUGAGCCUCAAAGCUUGACUCCCUGUUGCAGUUCUCCACUUGCCUAAUCUAGGGACAUAAAAACUUGAGAGUUUUCACAUCCUAAACAGACUAAAUACAUGCAUUGCAUCAAGUUGUUUUCCUGUAUACCUGGAAAUUGUUGUGCUGAGAAAACUGUGGGUUUCUGAAAUGGCAGCAAGCUUUACAGAUGCCUUUUUGUGCAUGGGGUGUUACGGGGUGGGUGCUUCUUAGCAACCGAGUUGUGUUUUCCCAGUCUGGCAGGUUAAGCUGCUCAUACGAGUUAUUCUAAGCGUUUCUGGCACCUGCAUACUUUAUGCAACAAAAAUAGUCUGGGAAAUGCUACUUUAAAAAAUACUUACAUGCUCUUUUUCUGAUACAGGUAUGGAAGCAUUAUGCCUCCAAUCAAAGGCUCCCUAAGCUCCAUUCAUUUACAGCAACAUGUUAUGCUGAACAUGGAACCUUUGACUUUAAACAAAUUCUAUUUAAGCAGCCGCAAAGCAGACAGCUUCAUUUGCUCCAAGCAGAAAUCUAUCAAUGUGGUGUUAGAACUUAAUUUGAAAACACACUGUGAGAUGCCAAACUGGCAGAACUGUUGUAAAAUAUGUUUUUCUUAAUAUAAUCAAAACUAAUGAAAAGUCAGCCCAGCUGUGGUCAAACCCUUCAGUUAUUGGUUUAUUUGCUACCUCCCUAUCCCCAAACAUUACAGGUGGAACCAGGCAACACAAAGCAGGAGUGGGAGGAGUAUUUCAUGCUUUAUAGAGCGUUGUUUAACUUUAGUUUAUGUUUGGUAUGACAAAGAAUUGCACAGAAUGGUGUCUGAAAAAGCGAGUGGCUACAGUUAGUUGGAGUUCUUUGGCUGUACUAGGAUGGAUUUUAACUGCUACCUGUAACUUUUUACCAGACUGGAAAAAUCUCAGUUUAGACUUAAGUGUACUGGAGCUUUGGACCCUGGCAAAUCUGUAUACUCCAAUGUGUAGGAGGGACACAGUGUGAAGGUUUUGAUUCUUUCCUAGCUUUGCCUCUAGAAUUCAAGAUUUCCAGGAUUUUAAUAUUACAUCACAUGGACUAGGACUUCUGAGCCAUGUGAUCUCUGGUCGUGGCUCAGACUGCCUAAAGGUGGAGGAUACAGAGCAGACAGUACAGAAACAGCUGUUAGUACCUGGAGGACUACUCCUGUGGAUGGCUGGAGUUCUGGCCUUAGUCCCUGUUUCUUGGGUUGUCCCUAAUAUAAUGCAAGAAUUUUGGGAUGAAGACAUCCCAGGGGAUGCACUGCUCAGUGGUUGGUUUGGUGGCUUUCUUUAUAAUUCUAGAGAUCUCUCUACUCCUCUCCACAACCCACUUAUCGUCUGGCCAUCAGUUUCCAGAGCAAGUAUGCAAUGCCAGGUCUCCAAGACACCCAGCAACAUCUGGAAACGGAAGACUUUAAAAAGAGUGGAUCUCAGGUUUCCAGAUUUCUUACUCCUGCAUUACAACCAUAAAGGUCUGCUGAACAGACAGGUUACUGUUUACAAGAUUGGAGGGGAGGGACUGUUUCUUGCUAAGUAAUUCCUUUAAUCACUACUUUCCACAGUUCAUCAUUCAUUGUAAUUAAAAUUGAAGGUGAUUAAAGUCACCACUGUUCUGCACAAAA